ACACACACACACAUACACACGCAAACAAACACACACAUAUACACACCCACACCUGAGAGUACCUUGCGCCAUGGCGAAGACACGCUGAAGCCUCCGGACGGUGUUCAAGUCGUAAGAUGUCGACUGGUCAACUUGCAGCGGCCAACGACACGCUCGUCGGCGAUUAUCCGCAGCCGAGUCGCGCGAAGGAGACGUGCGGUGGUUCCACGGGCCCAGAUUCAUACUCUUGAACGCGGGAUCCUCACGAGACACGAGUGUCUCGUAGAUAUGAGGAGGUACGAGCGCGAUCGUCGAACAGUGUAGACACUCCGAAGUGCAGUCUCCAUCCGACGGCUCGCGGACCCUCGCGAGCGACAGCGCGCAUUCGGAGCGGAACAACGGAGGGACCAUCGCGCGGCCAGUCCAAGGUUUUGAGUCACUCGAAGAGGAAUCUCGCGCGACUCGGCACACCCGCCCGUCUCGAUGAGAUUCGAACAAGACACGGCGUGCAGGGGUACCCACUGCGCCAGCACUCCGCAACCCUCCGCGCUGCAGCAGCGAUCACGGCCCGAGGAGGUGGUGGUGGAGGAGGAGGAGGACUCCUCCGCGAAGGACGUGGACGGUCAACGACGUAGACGCAUAGAAUUGGAGGCUAACGUGGUCGAGGGUGCGAAUACGGGGCCGCGGGCCGAGGCGGGGGGGCCUGGGAUGGCGUACCCCGCGCCAGCGACGGCUCUGAAUCAGCACUCGCCCUUCGCCAGCUCGAUCGCCGGCACGCCACCCGCUAACAAUCCCAACGGCCACAUAGGUGCCGGCGCACACCUGCCGGCGCCGGCGGCACCGCGACCGACGGACUUCAGCGUCUCCUCGCUGUUGACCGCGGCCAGUAGCCAUCCGCCGAUUUUGGGCGGUUCGUCGUCGCAGGGUAGCGCGUCGCCGCCGCCUGGUGGACCCGGUAGCCCGGCCGCUGCACCGGAAACCCCGCCACCCUUACCUACGAGCCAACGUGAACUGUCGCACCCAUCCUCGGCGGUGGCGGCUGCUAACUACUUCAGCGCUGCCGCCCUGGCGGCGGCAAGUUUCUACAAUCCGGCGGCUCAUCUACCGCCGACCAGCUCGCCGGGACCAACGGUGCAUCAUCUUCAGAGCAAGGGGAUACUCAGCAGCGCGCAUCACCAUCCGCAUCUCAAUCCGCACGGUAUCACGCCGCCAGGCCUAGGUCUGGGACCGCACACGCCAGAAGAAGCUGCCGUCCUGGCGGCUGCCGCGGCGGCGUUACAUCACCACCAUCAAGGCCCCGGCGGCCCUGCGAUGAGGCCUCUGAGGCCACCGCUGCCACCGGGGAUGCUCCACACGUCGCCUCACCCCUUGGCCACACAUCAUCCUCUCGCGGCGCCGCACCAUCCCCUCGUGCCGCCUCAUCAUCCGGAGGAGGACGGCGUCGUCGACGACCCGAAGGUCACGCUCGAAGGCAAGGAGCUCUGGGAGAAAUUCCACAAGCUCGGAACGGAAAUGGUCAUCACGAAGAGUGGCCGGCAGAUGUUUCCUCAGAUGAAGUUCCGAGUUUCCGGUCUGGACGCCAAGGCCAAGUACAUCCUUCUGCUGGACAUCGUUGCCGCCGACGACUACAGAUACAAGUUCCACAACAGACGCAUGUUUCCCGCGUAUAAAGUGAGGGUGUCCGGAUUAGACAAGCAGGCUAGCUACAUACUUCUAAUGGACGUCGUGGCAUCGGACGAAUGCCGAUAUAAAUUUCACAGCAGUAGGUGGAUGGUAGCGGGCAAGGCGGAUCCGGAAAUGCCGAAGAGGAUGUACAUACAUCCGGACUCGCCGAGUAGCGGCGAGCAGUGGAUGCAGAAGGUCGUGAGCUUCCACAAACUCAAGCUCACCAACAACAUCAGCGACAAGCACGGCUUUGUAAGUACUACGAUACUGAACUCGAUGCACAAAUAUCAGCCGAGGUUUCACCUCGUGCGAGCCAACGACAUCCUGAAGCUUCCGUACUCGACGUUCAGGAGUUACGUUUUCAAAGAGACGGAAUUCAUCGCCGUGACGGCCUAUCAAAACGAAAAGAUCACUCAGCUGAAGAUCGAUAACAACCCCUUCGCGAAAGGAUUUCGGGACACCGGCGCGGGGAAGCGCGAGAAAAAAAGGCAGGCGCUCCUGACAGUAUCGGGCGGCGGUUCCCGUUUGACGACGGGUGGGCCACCAUCGCCGGACAAGCGGCGCUCGUCCAACUCCGCCACCGAUCUCAUGGACGACGAGGACAAGCUGCUGGACGUGGUAGGGCCCGACACGCCGCACCCGGCCCACCACCACCGGGAACGGGAGCACUCCCGCGAGAGGGACGACCGCGCGAGCGAGCGAGGCGAGGGCAGCGAGUCCUCCGGGUCCGAGAGCGGCGGCGGCGGAGCGGGCCCUACGGCAUCGGAAGGGCCGCGACCGGACGUCUCGGUCGGUCCGCCGCUUCACCCGCCCCUCUUGCCGUAUCUGUACCCACCGGUGCCCGGGCUCUAUCCCG